AUGCAUCCCACAAGCCAGUUCCUUGGCACCACAGAAUAUGACUACAGCUACGAUGCAAACACUGCUCCGUGCCACGAAGGGAACGGCUUCCGCAAGUUCAGAUCCUUCUUUCUGCCCAUCCUUUACUGCCUUGUGUUUGUCUUCUGCCUUCUGGGAAACUCCUUGGUCCUCUGGGUUCUCCUGACCAGGAAAAGGCUGAUGACAAUGACUGACAUCUGCCUGCUGAACCUCACAGUCUCCGAUCUCCUCUUUGUGAUGCCACUCCCUUUCCAAGCCCACUACGCUUCAGAUCAGUGGGUUUUUGGCAAUGCUAUGUGCAAGGUCAUGGCUGGCAUUUAUUACACAGGCUUUUAUAGCAGCAUUUUCUUUAUCACCCUCAUGAGCAUAGACAGGUACAUAGCAAUUGUCCACGCAGUCUAUGCCAUGAGGAUUCGGACAGCCUCCUGUGGCAUCAUUAUCAGUUUAAUCCUGUGGCUGGUGGCUGGUUUGGCUUCUGUACCCAACAUCAUGUUCAACCAGCAGCUUGAAAUUGAGCAGUCUGUGCAGUGUGUCUCCACAUAUCCCCCAGGUGACAACACCUGGAAGGUUGCUUCUCAGUUUGCUGCCAAUAUCUUAGGCCUCUUGAUUCCCCUUAGCAUCCUCAUUUACUGCUAUGCCCAGAUACUGAAAAACCUGCAAAAAUGCAAAAACCGGAACAAGAUCAAGGCCAUCAAGAUGAUUUUCAUCAUUGUCAUUGUCUUCUUCCUCUUCUGGACCCCCUUCAACAUCGUGCUGUUCCUAGACUCCCUGCAGAGCCUGCACAUCAUCAAUGACUGCAAGGUGAGCUACCAGAUAGCUCUGGCCCUGCAGCUGACAGAAACUAUCUCCUUCAUGCACAGCUGCCUGAACCCUGUGAUCUAUGCCUUUGCUGGAGUCACCUUCAAGACUCAUCUUAAGGAACUGCUUCAGUCCUGUGUCUGUGUCCUCCCCACCUCAGUUAGAGGGGUGGGGGCUGCCCAGUCCUUUUCCCCACCCAGCCAGCUCUCAGGCUGCUCUGACAGUGAGUUCCUGUGA